CCCCAUGCCCUAAAUUCGAGAAAACCACACCCCCCCUCUUUUCUUCAUCCCUCAAACGAAAGAGCAAAAGGCAUAAAAGCUACAUCUUUUCUUAAUCGGACCCGUGCUCUUGCUCUGGCUUGUGGAGUGACAAUUUGAGCUUUUCAACUUCAUCUUCCUCUUCAUCUUCUUCUUUCUACCUUCACUCUUACAGGUAGCGGAAGCAUUUUCAUUUGAUCUAAGGGAAUGGAAUCAACUCAAGUAAAUGUCUCUAAUGGGUUUGAGGAUGUUGGUCAUCAAUUGAUUAGAGCGUCGGCAGCUGCUGGACCCCCUGCUGUACCGAGUUUUGAUUUCUCUACUGACGUAGUGGUAGCGUCCUCUGAGAACAAUAAGCAAAGUAAUCUUGGGGAUCAGCAUUUGCAAGCCUCUUCGAUGCAUCCGGGUACUAUUUGUGACACCAGGGUGCAAAUUCCAUCAUCUACUCCUGUAGGUGUCUCAAAUUGUUAUGUAUUCAAGAGUCGGCUACAGGAAUAUGCACAAAAAGUUGGGCUUGCGACACCUGUGUAUGAGACAAUCAAAGAAGGCCCGUCACACGAGCCUUCUUUCAGGUCGGCUGUGAUGGUAGGUGGUGCCAGAUACGAAUCACUGUCUGGCUUUUUCAAUCGUAAGGCAGCUGAGCAAUCAGCAGCUGAAGUUGCACUAAUGGAACUAUCUAAAAGUGGGGAUAAGAAUGAUUCCAUUGCUGUGCCUGUGCAUCAGACCGGUUUAUGCAAGAAUUUGCUUCAGGAAUAUGCACAGAAAAUGAAUUAUGCUAUUCCUACAUACAUAUGCCGAAAGGAUGACAGUCCAGGUAGAACAGCCCACUUUUCUUGUACGGUCGAGAUAGGGGCGAUUCAGUACAUUGGUGCUGCAGCUAGAACUAAAAAAGAAGCUGAGAUCAAAGCUGCAAGGACUGCCCUGCUGGCGAUUAGGUCACUUGGAACUGCUGGAGCUCAGAAUCUUGAUGGUAAACCUCAAUAUACAGUUGUCCCUGGCAAAAGAAAGAUGCCAGAGACAGCUCCUUUACAAGUGGACACUGUAAAAGUGAAGAAGCCAAAGAAGCCCCGAUUUAAGAAGAAGCGACUUAACCGGUUGCAACCUUGUGAUUCAGGUCAUCAAACCGAAGCUGGGAUUACGGGUUUAUCUGUACUAAAACCUGACUAUUUGGUAAGUUUGGAUCAGGAUAAUGUACUCUUAAAGAAUGACCAACUUAAUAAAGAAGUAUCUCUUAUCGAAGUUCUCUGUGGUCCUGAAGUUGGUGUAGUUGAUUCCAGUCAAACUCAAGUGACUACUAGUUGUCAACCUUAUACUGCAGAAUCUGAGGCACCAUUAGCAAAUGCAAGUAGAAAUCAUGACGUUGGUGGCAUCAUUCUUAUGACAAAUGCUCCAAACUCUGUGCAGUCAGACAUGUUACUUCCAGAUUCUUCCAUUGUUCAGGAGGAGUCGGCAGUAGUUCCAGGUAAAAACCAUGCGCGUGAAGAAAACAAUGAUGAGGGUGUUGGCAAAGUCACCCCUGUAAUUAGUCAGGAUGAUCCAGCAACUGGAGUGGCAGAUAAAGAUCACAUGGGGGGAGAAAAUAAUGUGUGCACAAACUUACCAUAUGAAUGAGCACAAAGAACAGUAAGUUUUCUGAAAGGAUCAUAAUUAGAGCGGAGUAAAAAAUGGAAAGCAAUAAUCCAUUUCAUUCGAUCUAAUCGGUGUCAAUCUGUAAGGAUGGUGGCACCAGAUUAGUGCUUGUUUGCCGGGGUUCAACAAGUCUGAAAAAUAUAUCAACACAUGCAUAUGCUAAAGAGUUUAGGGAACAGGAAAGUGACUAAUCUAGUGCAUUGGUUUAAUUUAAUGCCCGAGUGUAGUGUGUAAACUGAACUUGAUGCUGGUUCUUGUAGACUGUAGUUGCCAGCUGAGGCAUCAUAGUAUCCGGGUGCUACUAAUCCAAGGCUAUACUUCUAUCUUACGUGUUUUUGUCCUCUUGGUUUA